GUUAUAUUUAUUGUAUUAUAUUACCAAUUACUAUUGACUAUUAAUACAUUUAAACAAUAUUAAUAGUUUAUGUUGAACUUAAUUAUUCAUUCUGUACAAAACAAACAAACAGUGGCAAUAUAAUCUUGAAAUAAUUCAAUAUUCAAUUGAAACGAAACAUUGAUCAGUUAAACAAAUAAACUUCCAUUAUCAUCAUCAUUAUGACACAGUGACAAUGAUCCUUUUCUAAUUAUUCAUUAUUGAAUACAAUGAUCUCGAAACAAAAAUAUAAAAGUAUGGAUCAAUUAAAUAUCUUUUCAUUGAUCUUAUUAUUAGUAUUAUUAUUAUUAUUGAUUAAUAAUAUUCAACAAAUAAAUUCACAAAAUAUUAUUAAUGAAAAUAAUAAUAAAAUUAAUGGAAACAAUCAAAAUAUAAAUAAAAUAAUUGAAUAUAAAAAGAAUGAAGAGAAAUAUAAAGAUACUAUCGAUUUGUUACAACUUGUUGAAAUUGAUAAAUUGGAUAAUUAUGAAAUUACACGUCAAUAUGGAUCUUGUCCUUCAUCAUUCAUAGAAAAUCCAAAUACUGCUUAUUCAUAUCAUCGAGGAGAUAAAUUAAAGUUACCAUCAGAGAAAGCAUUCCCAACUAUAUUUCCUCAGGACUUUUCUAUUCUUGCUACUGUACGAUUGAAGCAUGAACAAAUUCAAAAGAUAUUUGAUGUCACAGAUGAAAAAGGACAAAGUCAAUUAGCUAUGUCAGUUGGAAAUAAUAUUGUUUUGCAUUAUCAUUUAUCUGAAGAUUCACCAUCCACAGUGGAAUUUUUAAAUGUCAAGCUGAAUGAUCUAAGAUGGCAUAGAAUUGCAUUGAGUAUUAAAGGUGACUCAGUCACAUUAAUUAUUGACUGUAAAGUUAUUACAUCAAAAUUGUUGAAUCGUACAUUAACUGAAAAUCUGAAAUUUAAUAAAGGAAUGCUAUAUGUUCUACAAGAUAAAGCAGGAUCAGUCAGUUUUUCUGGUGCGAUCGAACAAUUAUUGAUUAUUCCAACACCAAGUGGAGCAUAUGAUCAAUGUACUAUUUAUUCUCCAUGUAGUGAAUCAGAUAAAACUGGUGAUGAGAUGCAACUUCAAGAACCAUACAUCUAUGAACAGACUAGAAAUUACGGUCAGCCAGGUGAAAAAGGUGAAGUUGGUCCAAAAGGUGAAAAAGGUCAACCUGGACGAGAUGGUCGUAAUGGAAUCCCUGGAGCUCCUGGUUUACCGGGUGUACCAAGUCAUAUAUUAAUGAUGCCGCUACCAAGUUUUGGAAAGAAUGAAUUAAGUCGUAUGGCCAGUUUUAGAACAACAGUACAACAAGCUGUCAUGAUGCUAAAAGGAAGUCGAGGUCAGCAAGGUAUGACUGGUCUCCCAGGAAUACAAGGUCCACCUGGACCAAGAGGUCCGAAAGGAGAUCAAGGUCUUUUUGGAGAACCUGGUUUUAUAGGUCCAACAGGUUUAAGAGGUCCUCCAGGUCCUGUAGGUCCUCGUGGUAGACCAGGUGUUGACGGUGAAAUAGGAGCAAGUGGGUUAGCAGGUCCUAAAGGAUUACCUGGUCUUCCUGGAUUGCCGGGUUUACCUGGUCAUAGAGGUCAUAAGGGGGAAAUUGGACCAAAUGGUAUUAAGGGAGAUGUUGGACUAAGAGGUACUCCUGGCCCUUACGGACGAGACGGUGAAGUAGGUCCUCCUGGAGAACCUGGCGCAGUUGGACUUCAGGGCCCUAUGGGACCAGUUGGACCAGCUGGAUUACGUGGAUUACCUGGAAGGAUUGGACCAAAUGGACUCAAAGGUGAAUUUGGAGACUCAGGUGAAAUGGGCCCACCUGGCCCACAAGGUCCUGUUGGUCCACCAGGGGUACCCGGACCCCAAGGUAUACGUGGACUAACUGGAAAGCCCGGAGCAAGAGGGCCACCUGGUGUGACUGGACUACCAGGUAGCCCAGGAAUGACUGGAAAUCCUGGACCACAGGGAAAUACAGGUCCUAAAGGAGAACCAGGAUUAACUGGAGAACCUGGGGAUACUGGUCCCGUUGGAGCCUCAGGCUAUAAAGGUGACCGUGGACCUCGUGGUUUACCUGGAGCUAAAGGAACUCAAGGAGCAGCUGGUUUAACUGGUGUUCGUGGAGAGAGAGGCGAAAAAGGUUCAAAAGGUGAACGUGGUCUUCCUGGACCACGAGGUAGUGAAGGUCCUGUUGGAUUAAAAGGUGAACCUGGUAUAGUAGGUGAACUUGGUCCUCGUGGAUUAGAAGGUCAGAAAGGAAACGAAGGCCCUCGGGGAAGUCCAGGAUAUCCUGGGGGUCCAGGUCCUAAAGGCUCCGUUGGGCCAGCAGGUGGUAUUGGAAGUCCGGGUGAAAAAGGCGACCCAGGUCAUAUGGGACCAUUAGGUUUGAAUGGACCUGUUGGACCGCGUGGAGCACCUGGUCCGCGUGGGGCCCCGGGACAGUCAGGACCAGUCGGAUUCAAAGGUGAAGAAGGACCAACAGGACCAACUGGUCCUCCUGGAGCUGCUGGACCUCAAGGUCCAAGGGGUUCCCCCGGAUUCGUAGGAGUUCCGGGUCCUCCGGGUUUACCCGGUCGACCAGGACCUGUCGGACUUUUAGGAGAUCGAGGUGAACCUGGUGAACCGGGAAUACCUGGUGAAAUCGGGCCAAUAGGUAUGGUUGGUGUGCCUGGUCAAAUUGGAGAGCAGGGGGCACCAGGUGAACGUGGUCCUCCAGGACCACGUGGACCUCAAGGGGUUGCAGGUAAACCUGGGGUAGAGGGGAUUGAAGGAGUACAGGGUGAAAAGGGAACCAAGGGUGCUGCUGGUCCACCUGGACCGAGCGGCCCAGUUGGAUUACGAGGUACACGUGGACCACCAGGUCCAUCGGGCGACCCUGGGUCGAAGGGAGAUGAAGGUCGCAUCGGCCCUCAAGGAAGCCUCGGUGACAAGGGUGACAGGGGUCCACCUGGACCACACGGACCACCUGGUCCCAUAGGACCAGUUGGACCACAGGGAUUGCCAGGAAGUCAAGGUGAACCUGGUGACAAGGGUGCACGUGGUCCUCCCGGCCCAAUCGGUGAAACAGGGGAAAAAGGUGUGCAGGGAUUAAUUGGCAAGCCAGGCUUACGAGGACCGACAGGAGCCGAUGGGGAGCAAGGUGACCAAGGGAGUCCAGGACCACAAGGUACCAAGGGAGACAGAGGAGAAGCGGGUGAACAAGGUUCUGCUGGACAACAAGGAGCAGCUGGAUCUCCAGGUCCUCAGGGUAUGGUUGGGGAACCAGGAGAGAUCGGAAUAGCUGGAGUUGCAGGGAUAAAAGGUGUAGAAGGCAAAGUUGGACCACCAGGGGCACCUGGACCUGCUGGUGUACAGGGCUCACCUGGUCGAAGUGGUCCACGCGGGGAACCAGGUAUUAAAGGAGUGAUCGGUGCAGAAGGGCCACCCGGACUUCCUGGACCUGUUGGUUUGGCUGGAGCUCCAGGAAAAAUGGGAAUACCUGGAGUACCUGGUCCUCCAGGAUCACCUGGAUUAAAAGGAGAACAAGGAAAGCCAGGUGCACGUGGUGAACAGGGGGCUCAAGGUACUACUGGACCACCUGGACCAAAAGGGAUGAAAGGGAUGCUCGGGAGACCUGGACGACAAGGUCAGCCUGGAUCUGCGGGACCACCAGGAAUAGUUGGAGAGCCAGGUGUUCAGGGUGCACAAGGGCCAAUGGGCCCAAUCGGUGCUCCAGGAUUGCCAGGCGAGCCUGGUGCAGCAGGUCCACCUGGAAAAGAUGGAGUCAGAGGAGCUGUCGGUUUAGAAGGACUAUUUGGUGAUGAUGGCCCUCCAGGACCACCUGGACCUGUGGGCGUCCCUGGUGUUCAGGGUCCCCCUGGAACGGCUGGUGAGACUGGUCCUACCGGAGACCCGGGAGAUCGAGGUGCUGCUGGAUCAGUGGGAUUGCCUGGUGAACGUGGACCUCCUGGAAUCAUGGGAGCUGAAGGACAAGUCGGCCCUCAAGGGCCAGAAGGAGAACAGGGUCUUCAAGGGCCACCAGGAGAAACUGGACCGAAAGGGAACACAGGUAAAACGGGUUCACCAGGUCCAAAUGGUCCAAAGGGAGAGUCUGGCCCGAAAGGAGUAAGUGGUAAUCCUGGAACAGUUGGACCGCCGGGACCUAAAGGAGAACAAGGUAGUAUAGGAGACCCUGGACCGACUGGAAAACAGGGUGAAAUGGGUGAUCAUGGAGAUCAAGGACCACCUGGUCCUCGAGGGCCUAAUGGUGAUGAAGGAGAAUCUGGGCCUCCAGGACCGACAGGCCCUCCUGGUCCACCUGGUCUACAAGGUCCUCGAGGAGAACAAGGUCAUCAAGGUGAUCCUGGACCAAUGGGUAAACAAGGUCCACAAGGUCAAGUGAAAAUAACAAAUAAUGGAGAAAAUCUACGAAUGAGAUAUAAGAGAUCAGCUGCAAUACAAUCUGAAGAAACACUUGAACAAAUUAAUCAAAAUAUAUUUGGACGUGUAGAUGCACUGAAUAAGAAAGUACGUUCAAGACGUUAUGCAACUGGUUUAAGUCCACAAAAUCCAGCACGAACAUGUAAAGAUGUCAGAUUGACAAAUAAAUUUGCUCAGAAUGAUACUUAUUGGAUCGAUCCAAAUGAAGGGUCAAACAAAGAUGCAAUUAGAGCGAAGUGUACAUUUUUUGAUGAUGGCACUGUUGAGACAUGUGUUGAUUCAAGUAUGGAUCAAGGAAUACUAGUUACGUAUCUGAAACCAUUACCAAGUGAUAGUGAGUGGCAAAGUCAACUUCGAGUGAUGAAUUCUACAACACCAUUAGAUACACGAUUAGAAGUUCAUUUGAUGAUAUGAUGACCUGGAACUAGAUUGGUACAUCAGUGUUGCUACUUGGAAUAAAUGCUGAUUACUCCUAAUGGCACGACUAUUUAUUGUAACUGCAAAUCAAAUGAUACCUGCCACUUAAAGCAAGAGAACAGGAUUGAUAUGCCAACGUAAAGGAGAAUCUAAAGCUGUAGAAGAAUAAUUUAUUCACCAGUCACUAAAAGACGUUCACACUAAUAAUAAUCAAGUCGAAUGCUAGUGAUUUUAGAUACACAUAAUUCAGAGAUCCAUUAAUAUAGACAGACGAUGAAACAUUUGCCUAUUCAACUUAAUCAAGCUUAAUUCAACAUUUAUGGUAAGACAGGAAAUGAAAACAAAAAUCCUAUGACGAAAUAGAUUACAUAAUUAUGGAAGUCAUUCACAAGUUAAUAUGUUACGUAUUCAACAUAGAUAUGCAUCACAGGAACUCGAAUUUUUAUGUGAUGGUACAGAAAUCUAUGGUUCAUGGAAUUCACGUACAAGUCAAUCAGAUUUUAAUAAAGCAACAGCUCUUCUAGCACAUAAUGAACGUAUGCUUGAUUUAACUUCAGGUGAAAGAUUAGGACCAGGAAAAUAUCAUAUGGAUAAGCGUAAUUAUCGAAAUAAUUUAGAUCGUGUUGAUACAAGUAUUAUUGUAGAAUAUGAUGGAUGUCAGUACUUAACAAAAGGUGCAGCUACUAAGUUAUUAAUUGAAACAAGAGAUUUAGAAGUAUUGCCAAUUAUUGAUUUUAAAGUACGGAAUUUCGAUAAACAAGGAACAUGUUCAUUAAGUGUAAAUGUCGGCGCUGUAUGCUAUCGUACAUAGAAACAAACUACUAACAAAAUCAUCAUAAUCAAAAUAAUGGAACAGAGAAAAAAACAGAGAAAUUUCCGGAAAAUGAAAAAGAAACUAUAUUGAAUUGAAUACAUUCAUAUAUUCAAUAAUUAGUCAAUUACUAUUCAUUAUUGUUUUGCUUUUGUUUGUAUGAAUAAUCUUUCAAUUUCAAAUUAACUUAAUCCAAGUUGUUUUAAUGUGUGCCACAAUUAAUAAAAUUGUACAAUGUUCGAAUGAAAACAAAUAAAAAGUUAGAUAAAUUAAACCAGUUAAACAUUUUUAUAUCAUAUUACAUCAUAAACAUAGUUUUAAACAGAUAACAAAAUUUCAAUAGUAAAGAUCAUGAGUCAAUUGAAGCAAGACCACCAUGGAAAACCUGGAAGCAAUGGAAAGCUAUUUCGUCCCAUUGUAUGACUCCUCAGCAGUGCGCAGCCACGACCUCUCCUAACGGGAUUCAAACCCGGGACCUAUCAGUCUCGCGCGCGAGCACUUAAACACUAAACCACUGAGCCGGCAUCCAACGGUGGUGGACAGGCGCCUAGCGCGAGAGUGAUAGGUCCUGGGUUUGAAUCCCGUUGAGCGGGGUCGUGGCUGCGCACUGCUGAGGAGUCAUACAAUGAGACGAAACAGCUGUCCAUUGCUUCUAGGUUUUCCAUGGUGUUCUGGCUUCAAUUGAUUCAUGAUCUCAACUAUUGAAAUAACAAAAUUACGAUUUCGUUAUCAUAGAUUAUUAGCCAUUUAGAACAAAAUAAAAAAA